AUGUCUGUAAAUUGGAUUCGGGAAGGCAGAGAAUGGCAGGUAUCUGAUGGAAGAGGCUGGGUUUUGGGAUCGGUGGAGGUGGAGGUGGAGGUGAAGGUGGAGGUGGAGGUGAAGGUGAAAGUGAAGGUGAAUGUCGAGGUGGAGGUGAAGAUGGAGGUGGGGUUGAAGGUGGAGGUGAAAAUGGAGGUGGGAUUGAAGGUGGAGGCAGGGUUGAAGGUGGAGGUGAAGGUGGAGGUGAAGAUGGGGGUGAAGAUAGAGGUGGGGUUGAAGGUGGAGAUGGAGGUGGAGGUGAAGAUGCAGGUGGGGUUGAAGGUGGAGGUGAAAAUGGAGGUGGGGUUGAAGGUGGAGGUGAAGGUGGAGGUGGAGGCGGGGUUGAAGGUGGAGGUGAAGGUGGAGGCGGGGUUGAAGGUGGAGGUGAAAAUGGAGGUGGGGUUGAAGGUGGAGGUGAAGGUGGAGGCGGGGUUGAAGGUGGAGGUGAAGAUGGAGGUGAAGAUGGUGGUGGGGUUGAAGGUGGAGGUGAAGGUGAAGAUGGAGGUGAAGAUGGAGGUGGGGUUGAAGGUGGAGGUGAAGGUAGAGGUGAAGAUGGAGGUGAAGAUGGAGGUGGGGUUGAAGGUGGAGGUGAAGGUGAAGGUGAAGAUGGAGGUGAAGAUGGAGGUGGGGUUGAUGGUGGAGUUGAUGGUGGAGAUGGAGGCGAUUGAGUGA